UUUGUUUUUGUUUUUAGGUGCUCCCGUUUUCGCAAACGCACAGCUUAGUGCUGUUAAGCGCACAAUUUGAAUUGCGCACAAAAUCGUAUGUUAUGAGCAAAGUCCGAUAUAUCGAUAACCAAAUCGGCCGGCGUCAGUUGUUAUUAUGAAAGUGUAAACAAAUUUGUGUGUGGCGGCAACAAAAAAGUAAUUUACAUAAAGUCAAAAAGCCCUGGCAAAUGUUGGAAUUACUUUAGUCAUUACAGUAUACAUGUUUUGCAUUCUACGAAUAAGAUUUAUGGAGCCACAGCCACAGUUUCAGCCAGGACGGAAUUGGCUUCCAAGUCAACAAAAGGUGCCGAUCUAUAAGGAAAAUGGACAAAGGACUCUACAUAUUAUUGGAAGUUUAUCCCAUAUCAGGGAUUAUCUGCAAUUGAAGGUAGUGAAAUAUUCUGAAGAUUCGUGAAAACCAAAAAACUCAGAAUCGUAGAGUAUAACCAUAUCAAGCAGAUUGAGUACCGGAUAUAAAAGUUGAUCCAUUUCAAAAUGAGCAGCGGCAACGGCAGCAACGUUACGUUACGCACCGUAAUUACUCUACAUGAUAACUACAUGUUCACAGUGGCGCUUCUUAAAAUGUUGUACACUUUGUUGCGCAGCAUAUAUGUUGCGAAACUUGUAAAUUCAUACAUGUUGUGAGACGUAACAGAUGUAUUCUACCUGACCGUCAGCUGUCUCUGUUAAUAAUCUGUUGAUAACAGUAUCAUUUUCCGCGGCUUAACUCGGCUUGUUCCCCUGUUUAAGUCGAUUUUUGAAUGGUUUUUAAUGGUAAGCUAGGGUGACCUGUAUACCAGAUUCGUGUAGAUGUAUCGUCUGCCCAUCCGCCGAUCCGUUUCAAUCUCCCGAGGAGGAGGAGGUGGCCAAGGCGCAGCCGGAUCAGCGGCAACAGGUGGCACAGGGACAGGCCAAAGCUCAGGUUCAGGCUCUGUAACAGCAGCAGCAGCAAGCAUUAGCGCAGCAGAAACUGCAGGUGACGCGCAUCCUCUUCAUCACCUCCCACCAACAGCAGCACCUGCCCUGUCGACCAGAACGACAACUUCAGGAGAACAUAUCGACGUACACUUGGCCGCCUAACGGUGUGAAUAUGCACGCACCCAAUGCUGGAAGAAAUCAUUGAAAUGCAGUUCCAGCUCCAUCUCCAUCUCCAGCUCCAUUUCGAGCUAUCAUCAUUUGUGUUUAUGAGGACGUCUGCAUCUCAUAUAUGUAGACCCUCGUGCCAUACAUGCUCGCCCGAACAAUCAGCAAUAUGCUAAAUGGAAAAGCGCACAAAUUGAAUACGGACAGCGCCAUGCAGCCGGACGUGGAAAGCCGGGACCCGCUCGCAGCAGGCGCCAGCGGCAGCAGAACCACCCGCGUUAAGAUCGACAUUAGUAGCUGCCCCUCGACUAAUCCGACAACUGCUGGCGACCCGUCGGGCGGCGGAAGCUCCCAUCUCCUGAUGGUGCCCGUGCCCACACACCACAAUCUGCAGCUAGAUAAAAUUUCCGUACGCUCGAUUAGUUCCGAGGAUAUAUCGAAUGGCGGCACCGGUAGGUGCUGCAACGCCGCAGCUCGUAAUCCGGCCAUAAAAACGGGGCGACGGCUGCAGCUGAUGCAGAUGAUAAUUCUGCCAUUUAUACCAAUAUUGGCAUUGAUUGUGCAAACUUCGGUGACACUACAAGAGAUCCUGGAGUACCGAGCCGCCGUGGCUGACAUCGAGACGCAGGUGACCAUUGCAACAGACUUGGGAAAGGUGGUCACGCGACUGCAGCUGGAGCGCUCCGAGGUGGCCUUCUACAUCUUCACCAACGGCAGCAAGCAGCGGGCCAAUCUGACGCAGCGUUUCGCCAUCACGGACCAUGCUCUGAACAACCUGACCACCUGGAGUGAGAUCAGCGUUCCAACGGCGCCAGACGAGGAUGAGGACGAUCGCGAGAUGAUGUUGAACAGAAAUGACUUCCAGAGUCGCUUGAAUGAGUUCCGCGACCGUGUGCGCUUCGAGCCCGAGGAAAGCUCCAUCACGGAGGUCAUGAACUGGUACACAUCCAUAAACCGCGGACUGCUGCACCACCUAAACGAACAGAUCAAGGAGACGGACAACAGUGGCGUGUGGCGGUAUCUCGUCGGAUUCAAGAACUUGCUGAAGAGCAUCGAGUGCCAGAACAUCGCGACCUCUUUCGGCAUACGCUACUACGGACGGGGCUCGCUGACAGCCGAGAACUUUGUCUCCUACGUGCGCUACGAGUUCAUGGCCCGCGAAAUGAUCAACUCCACGCUGAACUACGCGCCCAUGUUGAAGAGCAUGUACACCAACAUAACCAGCACCAAGAAGUUCCAUCGCGCCAAGAAAAUGAGCAACACUCUGCUGAAGAACAAUCCGAAUGUUUCGAACGAACGCAGCGCCAUCGAGUACUACGAGCUGAUGAAUAACUACACGGACGAUCUGAGAAUACUGCAGAAGGCUCUCCGACGUCAGAUCAAGGAGUAUGUGGACAAGACCCUGGUGGAGGCUGACCGAAAGGAGGCCAUCGGCAUCGCCAUCCUCGUCGUCGUCCUGCUUGUGUCACCCGUCAUCAUCAUUUUGGUGCGGAAUGCAGCUGCCACCAUACAGCACUACGCCCUGAAUCUGUCCCAGAAGGCAAAGGAGCUGAAGCGGGAGAAGCGCAAGAGUGACUCACUGCUCUUCCAGAUGCUGCCCCCUAGCGUGGCCAUGCAGCUGAAGCAGACGCAGCAGGUUCCCGCCGAGCUCUACGAGGCUGUUACCAUUUACUUCAGCGACAUUGUGGGCUUCACCGAAAUCGCCGCGGAAUGCACCCCGCUGGAGGUAGUGACCUUUCUCAACUCGAUCUACCGCGUGUUUGACGAACGCAUCGAAUGCUACGACGUCUAUAAAGUGGAGACCAUCGGCGACUCCUACAUGGUGGCAUCCGGUCUGCCCGUGAAGAACGGGAACAAGCACAUCACCGAAAUAGCAACAAUGGCGCUUGAUUUAAUGGACGCAUCGUCAGUGUUUCGGAUCCCCAGGGCCGGCGACGAGUUCGUUCAGAUACGGUGCGGCAUGCAUACGGGACCCGUGGUGGCCGGCAUAGUGGGCACAAAGAUGCCUCGCUACUGCCUCUUUGGGGAUACGGUUAACACGGCUUCGCGCAUGGAGAGCACCGGCGAGGCCCAUAAAAUACAUAUCACAGAGGAGAUGCACGACUCGCUACAGCAGGUGGGUGGGUUUAAGACAGAGCAUCGCGGCCUCAUCGAUGUGAAGGGCAAGGGGCUGAUGAGCACCUACUGGCUGACGUGCAAGGAUGGUCCUGUACGGGUGCGUGAGGAGAUCUCCUGGCGGGCGGACAUGCAACCGGUAUUCCUGGAUCAUCUCAAACUGCAUCCCCCAAUCGACUACAAGCUGCCCAAGCGAAAAUAAGCCGCAAGUGGUACAUACAAGUGUACGUGGCAUAUGUCUAGCCUAGGCCAAAUUACUGUUAUCUAUUCACGUAUCCGUGUGCAGGAGUGCGUGUAUGUAGUUGCUGCUUUCUCCGUUUCUGUUGCCGUUGCUGUCGCUCUCUGUCUCAGUGUGUUUGUGCCAUGUCUUAGAAUCUAUCUGUGUGUUCCACUUUUCUUCUCUUUUGACGCUUUGACGCCCAUGCGUCUCCAUAUAAUCUGCAAUGUGAACAACGAGAUUGAAAAGAUAAAAUACAUACAAUUUAUAAACCAAA